AUGCACCGCCUUGCCGUCGUUGUCGCCCUUUGUUUGGGUAUUGCCUGCGCGGCCGCUGUCGCUCCGCCGAAGUGGCCUACCACGUAUCUCGUGGAGGGCACCAUUAGCAUUCCGUACUUCAACAUUACGGAGCCUGUGACCACCAACUACGACGGGCUCAACAACCGUCAGCGCUUCGAUUUCUACAAUGAGCUGACCACGAACAUCUACGAUUACCGCAACGGUGCCGGAUUCGAAGUCGUGCCCCGUAUCGACCGCAAGGUGUGCUUCAAGUCCAACGUUGCCGGCGGCUCGCUCAUCAACGUCCUUCCGGACCUCUCCAACUACCAGUAUCAAGGCUUGACCCGUGUGAACGGUUGGCUUGUGGAGAACUGGGAGCUCACGCUCAGGAACUUCAGCGCCGUGCAGAAGUACAACAUGUACCUCUACAGGGAGCCCGGACACCAGGGUGUUGCUCGGCCCAUUCAGUUCUACAUGAGCGGCCGCAACGCCAUCUUCGACUCCCACAGCGACAUCUACAUCAUGAACUACCACCUGUACCAGCCCGGCUUCAGCACGCCUCAGGCCUACGCCAUUCCCUCCGUUUGCUCCCAGUCGGCCGCCCUGCCCGCCACCCCUUCGGGUAAGAAGCUGUCCGUUCUCCGCAAGAUGUUCCAGGCCAGCCCCGUGCCGGACCACAACGACGAGGUCGCCGCCCAGUUCGCUGCCCACGCGCACAAGUUCGGCAAGGUCUACGCCGACCACAGCGAGUACUCGAUGAGGCUCAACAUCUUCAGGAAGAACCUGGAGUACAUCGAGCAGUACAACAAGAAGGACACUGGCAUGAAGCUUGCCAUGAACCACUUUGGCGACAUGACCUACGACGAAAUCGUGGACGUCAUGCUCCCCUUGGCCAAGAAGUACUGCAUGCCCGCUCGCGCACAGCCGCAACACACUCGCUGCGAUAAGGCCGUCAGGCGCGCUCCUUCCACCCCCGUCGACCACCAGAUCGACCCGAGGGAGCUCGCUGCUCUGCCCGGCGCCAUCGAUUGGGUUGCCAAGGGUGCCGUCACGCCGGUCAAGGAUCAGGGCUCCUGGACCUUUGGUACCACCGGUACGCUGGAGGGUGCCUGGUUCCUUAAGACGGGCAAGCUCGUGUCCCUGUCCGAGCAGCAGAUCGUCGACUGCGCCUGGGGCUACGAGUGGUCUGGCCCCAGCGGCAAUCUUGGCUGUGAUGGCGGCUAUGCUUCGGGUGCCAUCCAAUGGGUCAUCGACAACGGCGGUAUCGCCCUGGAGGAAAGCUACCCUUACCUCAUGCAGGACGCUUGGUGCCUCAAGACCGACCGCAGCUCUGGUGUCAAGGUCCAAGCCUACGUCAACGUGUCGGCCUCCGAGGCGGCCCUCCAGAUGGCCGUGGCCACUGCUGGCCCCGUCGCCGUGGCGAUUGACGCCUCGCACCCCGAGUUCCUCUUCUACUCCAGCGGUGUCUUCUACCUCGCCGAGUGCAAGAACGACGCCAACGACCUGGACCACGAGGUGCUGGCCGUGGGCUACGGUACCGAGAACGGCCAGGACUACUGGCUCGUCAAGAACUCGUGGUCCACUCACUGGGGAGAGAACGGCUAUGUCAAGAUGGCAAGGAACCGCGGCAACAACUGUGGCAUUGCUACUCAAGCCAACUACGCCAUCAUCUAA